AUGGCGACGACGUCGCUCUCUGCCGCGCUCCCAGCGCCCCGCUACUCGAACGUCACAGUCGAAAACGACGAGGGCACCGACGAUGCCGCCGAAGCCAGCUCCUCUACCGCCCUCGCCACAAAGGCAUCGCACAUCCCUCCGUACGGCAAGCGCACCGGCUGGAAGCCCCGCGCCCAGGCCGACUUUGGCGAUGGAGGCUCCUACCCCGAGUGCCACAUCGCCCAAUACCCGCUCGAGAUGGGCCGCAAAAAGGCCGGCACCAGCGGCAACACGGUGGCCCUCCAGGUCGACGCCGAUGGCACCGUGCGGUACGACGCCAUCGUCCAGCAAGGGCGGCGGCCCGGCCAGAUUGUCCAGUCGUCGUUCAAGGACCUGGUGCCGCUCUCGCAGCGUGAGGGCAAGGACAAGGAGCGCGGUUUCGAGAGGCCGUCGGAGGAGGAGGUCAUGAGCACCGCCGAGCGCACCCGGCUCGCGCUCGAAAAGAUCACCCAGGGCAAGAUCAAGGCGACGCAGCCCAAAAACGUCGCCGUCGCCACCGGCAAGCAGGCCGCCAGCUACAUCCGCUACACGCCUGGACAGGGAGAUGGCGGCAAGCAGCGCAUCAUCAAGAUGACCGAGGUGGCCGAGGACCCGCUGCAGCCGCCGCGGCACCGCUUCGGCAGGCAGGACUUUGGGCCGCCCAGCCCGCCGCCGCCCGUCCUGCGCUCGCCGCCGCGCAAGGUGACGGCCGAGGAGCUCAAGGAGUGGAACAUCCCACCGGACAUUUCGAACUGGAAGAACAACAAGGGCUACACCAUCCCGCUCGACAAGCGCCUUGCCGCCGAUGGCAGGGGCCUGCAGGACGUCCACAUCAACGACGGCUUUGCCCAGUUCUCCGAGGCGCUCAACCUGGCCGACCGGCACGCGCGCGAAGAGGUGCGGCAGAGGAGCAUCAUGCAGCAGAACAUGCCCGCGGCGCUGGCGGGCUACGGCAGCGACUCGUCCGGGUCCGGCAGCGGGUCGGACUCGGACUCGGAGGAGGACGAGGCGGCGCGGGAGCGCGAUCGGAUCCGGGCGGAGCGGAAGCGGGAGCGGGAGCGCGACCUGCGCAUGUCGAACAUGGGCACCGAGCAGCGCGCCAAGAUGCUGGCCAAGGAGCAGAACCGCGACAUCUCGGAAAAGGUGGCGCUCGGGCUGGCCAAGCCGACGACGUCCAAGGAGUCGAUGAUGGACAGCCGGCUAUUCAACCAGGAGAAGCUGUCGAGCGGCUAUGGGGAGGAGGACGGGUACAACCUGUACGACAAGCCGCUGUUUCAGGGUAGCAGCGCUGCGGCGGCCAUCUAUUCGAGGCCGGCGGGCAAGUCGGGUGGGGUCGACAACGUCUAUGGCGGUGGAACGGCCGAAGGGUUCGACGAUGAGCUCAAAAACGACCGGUUCGGUCUGGGUACCAGCCGUACCUUUGAGGGUGCCGAGCCGCAGGAGGCGAGGGCGGGUCCGGUGCAGUUUGAAAAGGACGCAUCGGACCCGUUUGCCAUCAACCAGUUCCUCGACGACGCCAAGCGCGGGACGAAGCGGUCCGGUCUCGAAAGCGCCGAGGUACGCAAGCGACAAAGAGACGACGAAGAGUGA